UUCCCCGGCAGGGGCAGCGGAGCCCCGAGCGCAUCGCUCGCUGUCCGCCAUGGCCCCACAGCGGCGGGCGCCGCGCGGGCCCGGCAGCGCGGGGCGGCGGCACGGCGGCGCCAGGGAGAGCCGAGGCCGGCAGGAGCCGCGGCGGGGCGGGCUGAAGGCCGCCCUCCUCCUCCUCCUCCUCCUCUGCUCCGCCGCCGGCCUCCUGAGCUGGAGCUGCCUGAGCGCCGAGGAUGGGGCCCUGGAGGUGCUGGCUCGUCAGGGCGAGAGCCUGCGGGAGCAGUUCGUGGAGAUCCCCUGCUCUGAGGACUACGACAGCCACAGAAGAUUUGAAGGGUGCACUCCCAGAAAGUGUGGAAGGGGUGUGAGUGAUGCAGUGAUCACAAGGGAAGAAGCUGAAAGGAUCCGUAGAAUAGCAGAGAGGGGACUGUCCUUGGGAGGAUCUGAUGGAGGGGCAUCAAUUUUGGACUUGCACUCUGGAGCUCUUUCACUGGGGAAGCACUUUGUUAAUCUGUACAGGUACUUUGGGGACAAAAUUCAAGACAUCUUCACAGAAGAGGAUUUUGCAUUAUAUCGUGAUGUGAGAAAGAGAAUUCAACAAAGGAUUGCUCAGGCAUUUGGUAUCAGCUCUGCUUCCAUGUACCUGACUAAGCCAACCUUCUUCUCAAGAAUAAACAACACAGAAGCCAAGACAACACAUGAUGAGUACUGGCACCCACACGUUGACAAGGUGACUUAUGGCUCUUUUGACUACACUUCACUGCUCUAUCUCUCUGACUACACUGAGGACUUUGGAGGUGGACGGUUUAUCUUCAUGGAUGCAGAUUCCAACAAGACAAUAGAGCCCCGAGCAGGCCGGGUUUCCUUUUUCACCUCUGGGUCAGAGAACCUUCAUCGGGUGGAGAAGGUGCACUGGGGCACCCGCUUUGCCAUCACCAUCUCCUUCACCUGCAACCCAGACCAUGGCAUUGGGGAUCCAGUCUUGGUGUAAUUCCUCCAAUGAUGGAACACGAGGUCAAACGGAAUGAGAGAAGCCCUGCAAGAGGAGAGGAAAGAGAGAGAGAACAGCUCUUGGAACCUCACAUUAAUUAGGACUUCCCAGUUGUGUGAAUAUGUUGUAAUACGUUUUGUUUUCACAUGUCCUUUUCUAUAAAUGGUGCAAACAGUGCCUUAAAAGACCACCUUAAAUUUACUGUCUUCUCAACAUGUCCUAAAGAAAUAGGCUACAAAGAAGAGUCCUGGAGCUGGCUCUUUAUUUUUUUAUUAUUAAAAUCCCCAGUUUAAAAAAGACAAUCUUUUGCACCACAAGUCCCCGUGCUGCUGGUACCUGUUGUUUAAUUAUUUAGUCUCUUCAGUUAUCAAUGUGGUGCAGGAAGCUUGACCUAAGUUAACAGAACAAGAUGAGUGUUACCCUUCUGAAAAUACCUUCUGUUGAGAGGAAUGUGUCCUCCUCACGAUGGGCAUUAGUGGGCAAUACACCUGUGGUUUGUUUACUGGGACUUACUUGAACUUUUUAAUUGAAUUCCUACAGAUAUUUUUUGCUACAAAGUGGAAUUAGUUAGUACAAUGUCAGAAAUAGUUAUCUGGUCAGCCAGAAAACCUGCUGCUUUUGGAUUACCAAUGCUUUGGUGUGCUAGGGAAUGUCAUGGCAUUGGAUCCCUCUGAUCAGAAUGCAGCAUUCCCAACUCACCUUAUUUUGCUCUGAAUCAUAAUGAAAAUGAUCAGUCUGCCUGUUGGAAGCCCAGUCUUGAGGUUAUUAAGGUCUCUUCAUGGAGAUGGCUUGGCCAUCUCACCCUGCUCAUGAAGUAAUUACUGAGCUGGGCAGGGGUGAUCAGACUGGUGUGUGGGGUGGGAGGGAAACUGGUGUCCACCUGCCUUUUAAAUUGAUACAGUAUGAGCUGGAGCUUGAUCAUUAAUAAAACACUUCUAGGUCCAGUAAAUACAUGUUUUCAAUGUAAUCUGAAGACCAUGUUGAAGAAAAUGCUGUUUUUUAUCUUGUCCAAACCAAUGUUUUGUUACAGAAAGCUUCUCACUAGCUCUUUUGGACUUGUCUUUUCCAGGUUAGUAUGAAGACUUUUUUCUAUUAACUAGGACCAUUAGUCUGGGAUGUUCCUUGAAUAGCAAAUGGCAAGGACUUCAGAGAAGAGGGGAUGAUUGCAUUGCAGCACAGAUAAAGUAACAAACACAUAAUCUUGCCAAGUACUUUGCUUUCUGACUACAAUUAAAGAUUUUUGUGGGUCAGUGCAUUGAUAAGUACAAGGUAGGAAAAUCUGUGUUUUUCUCAAUCAAAAUCAGAAGCAAACAUGUUGAUUUGUUUUAUUAAUAGUCUAAUUUUUGUGAAACACUGAAAAUCUGGAAAUGUGCUUUAAUUUUUUUUUUCAUUAUAUUUUAUGCAUACAGCUUUCACUUCUGUUUUAAUUUCCCCUUUUAUGGAAAUCAGUAUUAGACUGAAGAUCAGUACAAAGAGCAAUGAUGACAGGACACUGGGAUUUGUUCUGUAGUGAGUGUUCUCAUUUGGCACACAAGCAAGAACAGUCUUUUGUCAUUUCAUUUCUUUGUUCUCAAACCUAAAAAAGGCUUCCCUGUCCAUGCUAGCAAUGAAGAAUGGUUAAAAUGGCUGGAUAUUAGGCAAUAAAAGUAAUUUGGGUUCCAUAUAUAAA